AAUUUCAUUCGUUCUAAUUAAAAUUAUUUUUCAACAAUAAUUCAACUGUUUAAUGAAAGAAAUUGUAAUGGAUUUAGGUGAACCGCUACCAUUGGUGAAUGCUAGCGACGGUCAGCGAAUCAGAACAGAGGGUGAGUUGGGGGCAUGGCGACUAGACACCUCAGGGACACUCUACGAUGUGGCUGUCCUAGCCAAUAGCCGCCUUGCUUAUGACGUUAUACCACCUUUGGCCCCAACUAAUAAAAAUACCACUCAAGGAGUAACUUUCAAGUUGAAAAAGUUGCGAGGCGACGGCCAGCUUGAAAAGGUAACGCUUAUAGAUGAGACAGGCAAAAGUCUGGCGAAUCUGGAAAACUUAUCAGCAACGAGGCAGGCCCGUAUAGAGGAGUCAAGAGUUAGAUUUCCCACCAAGCAAGAGGAAGAAGAAGCAGCUGACAGAGAGGACCGUCGCGAAGAGAGAGAAGAGACGACUGCAGGUGACACAGAGUGGCUCAUACCUGUUGAUAAGCUACCAUCCAAACAGUACUUUGUUCAAGUUGAUGGCAGAAACGCUAAAGGGGAGCCGUUCCGUCGCCUGUCGGCCUUGUCAGUAGGCGGCGUAGGGGAGGGGUGGGUAGGCCUUAGUCCUGUGAUGGUGGAGGUGAGUGAGCGGUCACAGCUGAACGCGCGGUCAGGUCAGACGGUCCAGCUCUACUUCGAUGUGGUCAGCUUCCACUUCCGGCCGCUACCUAUCACAUUUUACGCCCCCAAGACGACCGAGGAUUCAUACGCAACGUCAAUCCCACCAGACAACUGAUGUACCCUCAGCAGAAAAUUCAAGUGGCAGUAUUACUGGAGGUGCAGGGCAUCAACCAAGACAGGGACAUGAUAGCACUAACGGCAGAGAGCAUAGUCGGUCCAGUCACUGGAAAAGCCUACCUUUAUUCUAAUAACCAGAGAUCUGAAGAUACAGCAAAGCCGGACAUCAGCAUUACAACAGAAGGGUACUGCAGAGAUUAUCUUUCGCCUCAAGUUUGCUAUUCAAAGUUCUGGAGGAUUGAUGCCAAUAUCAGAGACAGCAAUGGUUUAUUGAGGAUAAGAUCAGUUCCACUAGGCCUUGAGUACAAGAAUGAAUUCAUCGCUGGAACAAUGGAGGAAGUUAGAGUACUCUAUCAAUCGACAUGCUGCAACACUAGAGUCGAUAUUAUCGCCAUUGACAUCUAUGGAAACAUAAAUGCUAAAACUGUAGAUAUUGAGAAAGUUUGGUUGACUGCAGGAGAAAUAUCAGCGAUUGUGCUUGGCUCGAUACUAGCAUUACUACUGCUGUUACUGCUAAUCAUUGCAAUAGUAUUCUGUAUAAGGCGCAGAAGAAGUCAUAACUUUGUGAUGCAUCGUUGAAUGCUCGCAUCAACGAAUAAUUCAUUGACCAAAGACCUCUGAAGACGACUGAUUUUAAUAGCCGCCAAAAUUUCGAUCCAAAUACAUUAAUUUAAUUUUACCAUUUUAAUUAUGAUUAUAAGAAACGCGACAAUACUAUUCCAAAGAAUAAAAUAUUUUCGAUUUGAACA